AUGGCUCAACCUCUAUUCUGCGAUAAUAUCGGAAACAACACGAAUGACGCAACAUGUUGCGUUGUUGAUAAGCAAAAUUCGACUAUCUGUCAAGAGAACUUCAACCGCGCUAUCCUCCCAUUCAGCGGAGGCUGUCCUACCGGCGACUGUCUCAAGGACUGCUCAAAUACUACCCUUAUCUACCAGUCUCUCCUCCAGGAUGACCCGUCCGGGCCAGGUAACGGUCAAGGACCGAUACGACGCUACCAGACCUGCGCAAACGUCCCAAACGUCGCGAGCUACCUUUCACAAGGCGUGCUGAGCGAGAACAUCACCACGUACAUUGGCAAAAAUGUCUCGGCGAACGCAACGCCUGAUCAGUUGCAGGGAGUCACAAAAGCGGUUACUGAGUGUCUCACCGCUACGUGCAGCAAUGCGCGAAAUCCCACAGACUGUCAGGGGAAAUGCGCACCAGUGAAGUUGCUCGUCAACGGCACCAUACCGAAUAAGAGGAAGGAGAAAAGGAACAAGAGGAAAGCCCAACAACUUGAAGGCAGGCCAGAUGACCCAAGCAAACAAGACGAACGUGACAAUCGAGACCUAAAAUACUCAGACUCAAAACUUCCUCGGAACGAGAAAGAGCCACCGAGCCAUCAAGAGCUCUUCGAGAAGUGCAUCGUCGACUUCCAUAAAACGCAAUGCUACUUCAGCGCCACCAUACAGGUCGCCGCGCUGACCUACGGCAUCUUCGGCGACACAAACUUCCUCAUCACCUUCAUGCUGUUGCCCCUUGCUACGAACGGCGUUCUCCCAGUCGUCUUCACGUACUACCUCAUGGUCUACCGAACCGGCAAAGCUACCCUAGACACAACGCUCCUCACGACAAUAUGCUGGCUUCUCUCCUCCGUCGUGUACUGGGUCCUCUACAGCAGUAUCAUACAUAUCAACAACAACAUCACGAGCGAUGAGAAGAGGUAUCGCGCGUACCAGCAGUUCAUAUACAAAUUGUCAGCUUUGGAUGAGUGCGGUGGAUAUUCCGCGCUGGCGGUUUGUCCGGUCAACGAUCGCACGGGGUUGUUCGAGGAUGAGCUAGUCAAGGCUUCGAACAGGCUGAGAGCCUUGACGCCUAUCAUCUGGAGUUUUGCGACACUCUGCUUGCUUUAUACGCUUGCCGUCAAGACAGCAGCAUGGCUUACACAUCGCGAUGAAGCAAAGGAUGCAGAAAAUGGGGACGCUCCAUCUGAUCGGGCAAAGGAAGAUGAUGGGGCGGUUAUGGGACGUGCCGGCAGAAUUGUCGACCACAUCCUACAUGGGAAGAGUAAGACACUUAUAAUACCUUACUACGUCUCUACGCUGUGUUUCCUUGCCGGUAUCGGCAUGCAGCUAUCGCUACUUUCUAUCGUAACCGAAAAUGAGGAUAUGCAAUUAUAUGAGGUUCGAUGGCCACCCCCCCCAUAUGAGGCCGCGAAGCUUUCGAGGCAGCCGAGGAAGAUGGCCAUGCUGCUGGAUCUUCUCCGUAAUCCUUGGUGA